UGUGUGUCCCAACUGUCUUUAUGCAGAAAUUGCACUUGGUGUGUGUAUUUUGUAAUUAAAACUCCUGUCCAUCCCAGGAGGUUUUUCCAACAGAAUAUGGUCUCAGCUACGACACAGACAUGCAGCUCCUUGUGUGGGAGUUUCUCUCCAAACUGGAGAAACUCCUGCCAAUACCAGAUCUCGGUCAGACUGUUUCCUGGCUGACCUCUGCCCCCUCCAUACUGACAGACUGCUUAGAGGCGCUCUCCAAUCCUGACAACCUGAGGUCUCUCUUGCAACACCACAAAUGCCUUGAGAACCUUGGCACACAAGGUACCACUGUGGAGAUGUCCACUCAGGUUUUCGCCUGCUCAGAGUGUCCGUUUUUUCACAUGCAAGAGUCGUACCUGCUGCAACACAUUGAGCACAGUCACCCAGAACACUACAGCAAAUUGCAGAAGGCCGCAGAGACAGCUAACGUCCCCCAGCAGAAGGUUGAUCGCCCCGUGUUCCCAAAGCCUUUCCCCAUUCACGACAGGCCUGACCCUUACACGUGCCAGGAGUGUGGCAAGACAUUCACGCGUGUUUCUGACGUGACUCGUCAUCAACGAACCCACACAGGUGAGCGCCCGUACACUUGCCAGGAAUGUAACAAGGGCUUUAAGAAUUCAUGGGAUCUGACCAGACACCAACGCAUCCACACUGGGGAGAGGCCGUUCCUCUGCUCACAAUGCGGCAAACGCUUCACACAGAUGGGUCUGCUCAAGCUUCACUUUGAAAGGUCCACCUGUGGCCAGAGUGUGUCGUGCAGCCUCGCCCUAGACCUGGCAACGGAGGUUGUGGUAGCAGAGGAGAAAGGCGAUGGUAAGUACAAAUGCCAGAAAUGUGGCGAAAGCUUCACCAGCAUCCUGGAGCGAAUGAGGCACAGGCAGAGGCAUGUGGUGCGGCGCCAGUACAAAUGCUCCCUGUGUGAGAAGAUAUACAGCCGGGCAUCAGACUUGAAGCGGCACCAGAUGAAACACACGGACGAGCGGCCGUUUGCCUGCGAGUGUGGCAAAAGCUUCACGCAUGUGUGGCUGCUGAAUAAGCACCGGCAGGUCCACACCAGGGAGCGGCGUUACCCCUGCACAGAGUGUGACAAGAGCUUUACUCAACUCCAGAUCCUCAACAGGCACCUGCUGACUCACAGUGGCCAGCGGCCUUUCCAGUGCUCCUACUGUGAGAAGAACUUCACCCAGCUGGCCAGCCUCACCCGCCACGAGAGGAUUCACACGGGUGAGCGGCCGUACCUCUGCACCACCUGCGAGAAGACGUUCCUCACACAUGGAGAGCUGGUGAGACACCAACGCAGCCACAGUAACCUCAGGCCAUUCAGGUGCCCGCAGUGCCCGAAAAGCUUUAAAACCAAGCGCGCUCAGGGCGAACACCUCAACACGCACACGGGCGAGCGUCCAUUUGCCUGUGCGUGUUGCGAGAAGAGAUUCUCCAAGUCGACCUCGCUCGUCCGACAUAACCUGACGCACACAGGGGAGCGGCCCCACCAGUGCAUUCAGUGCGGGAAGACUUUCCUCACGUCCGGUGAGCUGCUCCUCCAUAAACGAGUCCACACGGGGGAACGGCCUUAUCCCUGCUCAUACUGUGACAGGAAGUUCAGGUGCUCAUCUGAUCUCAACAUGCACGUCCGAACGCACACCGGGGAGAAACCGCACAGCUGUGUAUUCUGUAAGAAGGGCUUCUCUACGUCUACGAGGCUUAAGAGACACAUGCACAUUCACAUGGAGGGGAGCAUAGUGGAAUCCUUUAGUCUUUGAAUUAUCGCAUUGACAAGUCCCAUCACAAGAAUCUUGCCACAUGAAAUGUCGCAAUUACCAAAAAAGAAUAAACUGCAUAAAAAUUU